AUGUUCCGUUUCCCUAUCUAUCUACGGGCAUCAUCCAUAGUAGCCAUUCUGGCAGUAAGUAUAUGGGACCCCAACCGAAAUUAUCUCUUGAAUAGUCAGUUCAUCGAGAAUCAGGAAUCCCGUCGUGACUUGAAAAUUAUCAAGGAUAAGUUUCGUGAAUUGAAGGAGAAAUACAAUCCUCCGAAACAUCCUAUUGUCUUGUGCCAUGGACUUUCUGGGUUCGAUACGUUGACAUUAUUCCAGGCACCUCAGUUUGCUUGGAAUAACACUGAAAACUUUAAAGAAUAUGGAAAACGUCUUAAUGACGUUUCCAAUGAAGUCGGCUCAGGCUCAGUCAUGCUCAACUACUGGUAUGGCAUUGAAGAAGCUUUGAAGGAAGCUGGCUGCAAGGUCCUCACUGCUAAAGUGCCACCUUUUGGAACCAUUGAGGAAAGAGCGAAGCUGUUGGAUGCUUUACUCACUGAAAAAUGCAAAGAGUAUCCAGAUAAGGUGGAGGGUGAGAGAUUGAAAAUCAACUUGGUUGGUCACUCAAUGGGAGGCUUGGAUUCUAGGUAUUUAAUCUCUAAGAUCCAGAGUGAAGAUUCACCAUAUGAAGUUGUGAGUUUGACAACGGUGGGAACACCACAUCAUGGCUCUGAAUGCGCAGACUUUCUCAUGAGCUGGAUCCAAAAUGAUGACACCAUAAUGGCCGUCUGCCCGAAGGCAAUCCCACAGUUGACAUCGAAGUAUUUGAAGGAAUUCAACAGAGAGGUCAGAAACAAACCUGGAGUCAUGUAUUUUUCGUACGGUGCACUGAUGAAUCCUCAUGGCAUCAAAUUGUUCCGUGCGACAUAUGAGAUCAUCAAGUCUGAGAUAAUGAAGAAGGGUCUGAAGAACAUCGAGAACGAUGGUAUGGUGAGCGUGGAUCUGGCUCGGUGGGGCAACUACAUGGGCACUUUGGAGGAUGUGGACCAUAUGGACCUCAUCAACUGGACAAAUAGAAUCAGAGCUACUGUGGAUAAAGUGAUGUUCAACCAGAAACCCAGUUUCAAUGCUAUUGCGUUAUACUUAGACAUUGCCGAGACUCUUAGCAAGAACCGGUUCUAG